UCUGUCAAAAGAAGCACCGAGCUAAAUCAAACGCGUCAUAUACACACCCAUACACACCUACGUGUGGAUACGGUUAAAUAAAAUUAAUAUUAUUGUAAAUCUACUGUAAAAUGGCUCACUGGUUCCAUCGCAACGUUUUAAAAGCAACGACAAAUCAUAAAUUCGAAAUAAAAUUGAAGGAGCCUACGGAAGCUACAAAGAAACUUUGCAGCGAUCUGAAGUUGUCAAGAAGCCGAUUGUUGGAUUUAAUACGGGAUGCAAAUAAUACAAGUGAUACAAUUGAACCAGCUUUUGUAGCCUACCUGAGCCUAUUAUAUGGAUUAAUUUGGGAAAUCCAAUCAUCUACUGAACACAUUGGAAGGCCAGAACCAAGUAAAUUGCGAAAUAUUUUUGUCUUCAAAUGGACACAUACGUUGCUUGGCUCGCUUACUCAUUCGCAAGCCGAUUCUGUUUAUGAAGCGGCUAACAUAAGCAUAAACGUAGCGAUAUGGUUUAUGAAACAUGCUGCAAUGAUUGCCGGGAGAGACGAUAUAAGUAUGGACGAGGCUAAGGAAAUUCAUGGUUUGUUGAGAAGAGCUGCGGGAAUUUUCACCUUUGUACAAACCGAAUUUUUACCCCAACUCUCCAAUCCUCCGAUACUAGGCAGUGAUCUGGAUCCACGUAUUAUGAAUGCCUACAUAAAUCAAUGCACAGCUGAGGCUCAAGAAGUGACUGUAGCGCGAGCAGUUGAGUUGAAACAUAAUAAUAAUUUAAUAUCAGCACUGGCCAAUGAAACAAGCAAGCUCUUUCUGGAUGCAGCCAAUACAUUGAAACCCUUUAAGCCAGAAAUUUCAGCUCAGUGGAUCAAAUAUCUCGAACUAAAAGCAGCCUUUUACCAAUCCUAUGCAUAUAAUUAUUGUGGCGAGAAUCUCUUAUCUAUGGAUAAAUGUGGUGAGGCAAUAAAGGCUCUAGAAGAAAGUGAAAUUUCUUUGAAUAAAGCUAAAGCUCUUUGCCAGGAAUAUGGUAAGACUCACGGCCCGGCGCCAAGAAUAAAACCUGACCAGCACGCUGUAUUUAAACGACUGGCUCCUCUGGUGAGAAUUACGCUUGAGAAGUGUAGAAGAGAAAACGGUUUCAUAUAUCAUCACAAGGUGCCUGGAGAUGUACCGUCACUGGAAACUAAGGCUACUUAUGGUUUAGUAAGCCCUGUAGAUUUUACCAUGCCAGCCCCAAAUCAUCUCUGGAGCGUGCCAGCGUAUAAAAGUUUUGUAGGAGCAGCAGGCGGGGCGACGAGUAAUACGAAAGAGCAUGAUUUACCUCCUGUACAGGAAGAAGCCGUGCAUCAAACUACCAAAGAGCCUAAAAAUGCGAGUGGAUGUUUGUUGCAAUAAAAAAUUCACAAAGAAAAGUAUUUUGCACACUUUAAACGUACGUGAAUAUAUUUGAAUUUGUAGUAGAUAUUACAGCUAUUUCAGUUGCCUAUGCUAACUUGUGCAUGGUUCUAUUCAUUUUCCAAGAGUAGCUGGGUUUAAUGAUAAUACCACCGAGUAUGCACAUAAAUUAUCGUACAAUAAUGCGAGCAGCUGAUAACAUGUGCUUGGUUAUAAACAAUGUUUGUUAGCUUCUAACAAUGCAAAAACAUACCAAUCGUUUCUAUAAAGCUUCGGUAUUAGUUCGAACAAUAAAUAAUAGUCACUGUUCCUGACCAUCAAGUGCUCUUCAAUGCGUAUAAAUACUAUCUAAACAAUACUUACAGUAUAUUACAGUAAUUUCUGAAAGAUUACAAUCCAUUGGAUCUAGUCAACCUCCUCGCCUAUGAGAAUAUUUUCAAAAAAUAUUCUCUUUGUUCAUAACUAAUCAUGUCAUAAUCCUAUAGAAAAAAUUUGUUGAAAAUAUUGAAAGAGAGAUUUACGAAUACACAAUAUAUAUUUACAUUCAUAUUUCACUAGUGUGGUACUAUUUUAGAGUUCACUUUUUAAAUUCCCGCAUUCACCAAAAGAGCUUAGAGCGUCUUUUGUGGACUUUAAAAAAUAUUUGGCUUAUGUGGUGUUUGGGGAAUGUAAUGAAAAAUGCAAUAAAAACAAAAUUUUUACCGAAUAGCGAUAAUCGAUAAGUAAAGCACAAAAAGUGUCGCGUUGAUGCAUAUAUAUAUAUACAGUAUACACACACAUACACUAACAUAUAUAAUAAACUUAUAUACUAAUUGCUUUACACAUUAGUCUAAAUAUUAUAUUUAGAUAUGUAUUUACAAAAUUAUAUGACAAACGCAUUUAUAUGUAUAAGUAUUGCUUUAGCUAGGUACUUAGCUACGUGUUACGUCGAUAUUGUAUUCAAUAAGUAUAUAUUACUAUUUAUAAAUAAAUAUGAUACGUUAUUUUUAUAAUUAUUAUAAUUCUGUAACGUGUAACAAUUUGCUCUAUGUAUUAUUAUUAUUUAAUUACAUACUCCAUUAUGCAC